ACCCAGAGACAACAGCUUGACUUUUGUGUACGACAGGUCCAGCCUUCUCGCCAGCAUGAGUUCCUACCAGCAGAAGCAGCCCCACCACCCACCAUCCCAGCUUGAGCAACAGCAAGUGAAACAACCCUGCCAGCCUCCGCCCCAAGAGCCAUUUGUUCCCACAACCAAGGAGCCGUGCCACACCAAAGUCCCACAGCCCGGCCACUCCCACUACCCGGAACCAGGCCAUCCUACCUUCCCUGGACAGGGUCACACCAAGCCUCCUCAACCUGUCUACCCUGAAGUCCCUCAGCCGGGCCAAACCAAGCUUCCUCAACCUGGCUACCCCAAGGUGCCUCAGCCUGGCCACCCCAAUGUUCCAGAGCCAUGCAACCCCCAAUAUCCUGAGCCAGGCCAUUCUAAAAACCCUGGCCAGGGUCACACCAAGUUUCCUGAGCCAGUCCACCCUCACCCUCACCCUGGCCACACCAAGGUGCCUCAGCCUGGCCACCCCAAUGUUCCAGAGCCAUGCAACCCCCAGUAUCCUGAGCCAGGCCAUCCUAAAAACCCUGGCCAGGGUCACACCAAGUUUCCUGAGCCAGUCCACCCUCACCCUCAUCCCGGCCACACCAAGGUGCCUCAGCCUGGUCACACCAAAGUCCCAGGGUCAGGCACCUCUACAGUGUAUCCUGACGCAGGCCAUCUGAAGACCAAGCAUCAGUAAUUUGCAGUCAUCAUUGAGAAGUUGACCACUGGAUGCCAACCACUUCUUCACCAUUUUUUCUAUAUCUUUAUAGUAUAGAUAUUGUAGUCAUGUUCUUCAUCUUGUGUCUGAAAAAUGCAUGCUAUGAAUAUUUCUCUAAAAUACUCUAAAGAGUCCUCUGAUCCUCUACGUUUAGCCAAAGUCUAUAGAAGGUUUUCAAGGUUUCCAAUAUUACAAGUUCACAAUGAGAAAGAAUCUGAAUGGAAAAAAAAAUGUGUAAAGUAUGUAUUUCUACUCUGUACUCAUUAAAUCUCUUAUAAUCCA